AUGGAUACUCAAAAGAAUCGCCAAUUUCUCUCUUUUUCACAAAUGAUCUUUGACUGUACGUUGUUAGAAGGGACAUGUCCGUUGUGGCGUAAUCGGCUCGAAUUUGCAUAUAUCUAUCUAUCUAUCUAUCUAUCUAUCUACAUUUAUAAAUGGCAAUUUCUUUCUUCAAGUUUCAACACUUUCUUUCUUUCGUUUCCCUUUUUUCUUUUUCUUUCUUUUGUUUUCUUUCUUUUUUCUACUUUCUUUCUUUCUUUCUUUCUUUCUUUCUUUUACUUUCUUUCUUUCUUUUUUCUGUCUUUCUUUCUAUUUCAUUUCUUUCUUUUAGUUUCUUUCUAUUUUCUUUCUUUCUUUCUUUCGUUUCCCUUUUUUCUUUUUCUUUCUUUUGUUUUCUUUCUUUUUUCUACUUUCUUUCUUUCUUUCUUUCUUUCUUUCUUUUACUUUCUUUCUUUCUUUUUUCUGUCUUUCUUUCUAUUUCAUUUCUUUCUUUUAGUUUCUUUCUAUUUUCUUUCUUUCUUUCUUUCGUUUCCCUUUUUUCUUUUUCUUUCUUUUGUUUUUGUUUCUUUUUUCUUCUUUCUUUCUUUCUUUUACUUACUUUCUUUCUUUUUUCUGUCUUUCUUUCGAUUUCAUUUCUUUCUUCUUUUAAUCUAUUUCUAUUUUCUUUCUUUCUUUCUGUUGUGGUAG